AUGAAUGUAAAUGCCAUAAUCAGAUCAUAAUUUUCAGAAUAGCUAAAUAUAUCUUCACUAAAAUAAACAAACCCUACUACUAAUCUAAGAAAUGAGCUAAAUCUGAAAAAUAAUGAUAACAGCUGGAAUUAUUAAGUUAUAAUAUUAAAUAUUGAAUACUUUGUCUUAUUUACUUUAAGUAUAAAGAAUCAGGCUAAGAUAAUAAGCACCACUAAAAACAUAAGAGAGUAGCACAUAGUAUAAAAUUGA